AUGGCGGGAGAAGAAUAUUCGAUAGUUAAUCCGUCUGACGUAAAUGGAAUAAUAACGGAACAAUUAUUAAAAAAUUUAACGGAAAUAAACGACAUUGAAAACACGGUGUAUAAAGAUUUGAUAAAGGCAAAAGUAUUAUCGAUCGUCGUUUUAGGAUUAGUUUCCUUUUUACUGGGUCUACUUCCGUUAAAAUUAGCCAAAUGGUUCAAUUGGGAUUUUAUUAAAAAUAACGAAGGCGGUGGUGGCGGAAAAACAAGUCACGGAAAUCUAGUCAUAUCGUUAUUACUUUGUUUCGGCGGUGGAGUUUUGAUAUUUACAACAUUCAUACACUUGCAACCGGAAGUGAGAGAAGAAUUAGAACAUUUGAUAAAGGAAAAAAAAGCACCGGAUUUUCCACAGUUGGCAGACUUGGUUUUCUGCCUGGGAUUUUUUUUCGUUUAUUUAAUCGAAGAAAUCGUACACGGCGUCAUCGAAAGAAAACACAAUCACAACGAGGACGAAACGUUUUUCCACAGGACGGUGAGUUUGAGGAGUUGCAACAAGGGUAAAGAAAGACGUGGUAAUAAUAAUAAUAACGUCGUCGUCAUGGCGGACGGACGCGAAAAAAUAAUGACGGCUCGACCCAAGAUGAAUCAUUUAAAUCCGGAUGAAAAAAUAUCAAACGAUUCGAAUAGUCCGAAAUCAAUGUCGACGCAAAUUUUAUUCGAUUCUUCGAGCGUGUCGACUUUGCAUCAAAAUGUUGGCAGUAAUGGUGUCGGUGUCGGUGGUACCAACAUAUUCGAAGAAAGUUAUCCGAAUAGAUUUUCACCGUUGGAUCCGGAGAGUCAUUUGAAUGGUGGUGAUAAAUACGGGAUAUACGCCAUGUCGUACGGAGGAAUACACGACGAUUGCAAAGCAGAAGACGACGAUAAGAGUAAAAAUAAUUACGAUAAAUCGAGAGUGUAUAAGAAAUCGAGCCAUCAUUCUUCUCAUAAUCAUCAUUGUCAUUCGUUUUUCGAUAGCGAUACCUCGUCGUCGAGUUCCGGGGAUUCUCUUCAUCUCGCGAACACUUUCAGAGGUUUUUUCACCGUUUUGGCAUUGAGUUUUCACGCCGUUUUCGAGGGUUUGGCCGUGGGUUUGGAAAACGAAGUAUCAAACGUUUGGUAUUUGUUUUUGGCCAUAGCGACCCAUAAAUUCGUUAUAGCUUUUUGCGUCGGCGUCGAUCUCGUGAGCACGAAAACGAAAAAUUUUCUCAUUUUAUUAUAUUUGGGAACUUUUGCUUUCGUCACCCCUCUGGGUAUCGGAAUCGGAAUCGCACUUUCGAACGAUCCAUCGAAAUCCGGUAGCGAAUUAUCGACCGUCAUUCUUCAGGGAAUGGCUGCCGGAACGCUUUUGUACGUCGUCUUUUUCGAAGUCCUACAAAGGGAAAGAGCCAACAAUCAAUCUGGGAUUUUACAAUUGAUGGCGAUCGUUGCCGGAUUCGGAGUCAUGUUCGCACUACAAUUUAUAAUUAAAAAAAUCAGACACGCACACGCACCUCCUCCUCCUCUUCUCCCCCUUUCUACUUCUCCUUCCUCUUCCUCCAAUUGA